AUGAUCGACAAUAAUGACGAAAAUAUCCCAUAUGAAAUAUACAACAAAAAGCGAAGAGAAGAUGCCAUAUAUCCGACUUGUAUUCGUAACGAAAAGCAUUUCAAAGGUCAAUUGAAUGUUCUUGUCUCAUUCAACAGACGUGAUAAACCAUGGCAAUGGAUGCCUUUAAAAAGCUUAAAGUAUGGUCAGCAAUUGUUGCGCAAUUUUCGCACCUAUAAAGCAAGACAAAGACGAAAACAAGAAAAUUCUAAUUUGACAUCCAAUGAGAUGAAUAAUAUCGAUCAAGUAUGGGGAAAUGAAAUGAUGGUUAAUCAAGAAGUCAUCAGAAACAAUAUUGGGACAAAACAUGAUGAAGAUAGAGUUAAAGAUGUUGAUAAAAAUUUCUACUCAAACAGUAAUGAGCCGAAAAUUGAUGAUAUGAAUAUUGAUAAAGAUUUCUGGUCAGAAAAUGUCAAAAUGAGUAACAUUGAAAAUGGGGGCAAUGAAAAACUUACGGCAAAUGGUGCAAAUAAUGAACGUUUGAUUUUAGAUGUUAUGAUACCCUUAUACGAGAAAAUUCUUAAAAUUGUGGAAAACGAAAAUAUUGACAUGAAUAGUAUAAUUUCCUUGUGUGGUAAUUUUUAUCAAGAUCAAAAGCUUAAUGGCGAUUGUGGUAAAUCAAUGGAGCACUUUUGCACUGAAGGAUAUAGAGAGUGGAAUAACCUUAACAUGAAUUUUGAGCAUGCUGAGACUGAUGACGCACAUAGCUCAAAUAAUCAACUGCAAAAUAAUAAUUCAGGUUCACAAAAUGAUCCGAACUUUUUUGAUCAAGAAUCAAGUACAAAUACCAUUCCGAUUUUCAAGGAUACAAAUGACAACGGAUUUUAUUUUCCAAAAUAUCAUGAAAUUAAUCAUGAAAUUAAUCAUGAAAUUAAUCAUUACAAUGAAACGAAUGAUAAAAGUCGUUUAAAAGAAAAUUACAUGGAUGUUAGUGAGCCACAGAAUUAUACAACGUCGUGGUAUGCCAAAAAUACAAAUAAGAAAUCUAUAACAUACACGGACGUGAUCGAAGAGAAACUCUGGAGCGAAGAAUGUUCGAACGGAAUAAGUAUUCCUUUCAAUGAUCCUCCAACUAUUCAGGUUAAAGAAAACACCAACGGAUUUUGGUCAGUUGGUGAUUCGGUGUUAACGUUUAAUACUUGGGCACCCUGGAAAGAUAAAGAUGAGUUUGAUUAUGAAUUAGAUAAAUUACUUGAAAAAUAUAAAGCAGAGGUAACAGAUCGAUUCACAAUGAACGGUUCGAUUAGUUGA